UAACCGGCGAAAGAAACCACCCCCGACUGUUAGGUGUCUUACUCGGAAGAAAAUUCUCGUCGGAGUUUUAGAUCGGAAACUUGGGAAUCGGAGAAGUUCACUGGGAAAGAUGGAGAUGAGACGAGCUUCGGUGAUGAUGAUGUUGAUUUGCGUGUCGUUGGUUCUUCUUCCUGAAUUUGGCCAGUUUGUGAUCUGCAGAGAAGAAAUAGGAACAUUCAACGACGCCAACAACAACAACAUCGUAAGGAUGAAGCUUGGUGGAUUAAGUGGUUCCAUGAAUGAUCGGAACGGUGGGGAAGAGAUCGACGAUAUUGCACUCUUUGCUGUUCAAGAACACAACAGACGAGAGAAUGCUGUUCUUGAGCUUGCUAGAGUGUUAAAGGCAACAGAGCAGGUGGUUGCUGGUAAGCUCUACCAUCUUACUCUUGAAGUUAUCGAAGCUGGAGAGAAGAAGAUGUAUGAAGCUAAAGUUUGGGUAAAGCCAUGGAUGAACUUUAAGCAGCUUCAAGAGUUUAAGAAUGUUAUCCCCUCUUUCACUAUUUCCGACCUUGGCUUGAAACCAGAUGGCAAAAAAAUUGACUGGAGAGUGGUAUCAACAAAUAACCCUGAAGUCCAGGAGGCAGCAAAGCACGCCAUGAAAUCGAUUCAGCAGAAAUCAAACUCGCUGUACCCUUAUAAACUCAUAGAUAUAAUCCUAGCCAGGGCAAAGGUGGUUGAAGACCGUGUGAAAUUCGAACUGCUUCUGAAGCUAGAGAGAGGCAACAAACUGGAGAAGUUCAUGGUUGAAGUGAUGAAGUAUGGAAACGGCAAGUAUCAGUAGAAGUUGUGAAUAGCUUUUGGGUUUUGUGACAACAUGUGUAAAUAGAGCUUUUAUAGAAUACACUAAAAGACUGCUGUGUAUAAUGAAAAUAAACAUGGUGCUUGUUUGCUUCUAAACAGUGCUUCGUGUAAACGAUUACAUGACUUCUUCAUAUGUAAAGUUAUAUGUUUGAAAACUUUCAAAAGUUUGAACU